ACUUGCUGCAGAAGAACAGCAUGAGCUAUUAUGGAGGCAUCUCUUCUGGUGGAUGGGGCAGUCGGAGAGUCGAGUACGGGAGGACAUAUGUGGUGAGGCCAAAGGGGAGGCACCAGGCCACCAUUGUGUGGCUCCAUGGCCUAGGUGACAAUGGUGCAAGCUGGUCCCAGCUCCUGGAUUCUCUUUCAUUGCCAAAUAUCAAGUGGAUUUGCCCCACCGCAGCAACCCGGCCAGUCACUGCUUUCGGUGGAUUCCCUUGCACUGCAUGGUUUGAUGUGGACGAUAUCUCAGUGGAUGGCCACGAUGAUAUUGAAGGACUGGAUGCUUCAGCUGCACAUAUUGCAAACCUGUUGUCAUCAGAGCCACCUGAUGUGAAGGUUGGGAUUGGUGGUUUCAGCAUGGGUGCAGCUGCUGCCCUCCACUCUGCAGCAUGCUACGCUCAUGGCAAAUUCGCAAGCGGCAUGCCCUACCCAAUCACACUCAGUGCAGUCAUCAGCUUGAGUGGCUGGCUCCCUUGCUCCAGGACCCUGAGGAGCAAGAUGGAGAGUUCACACAUGGCUGCAAGAAGAGCUGCCUCCUUGCCGAUCCUACUAAGUCAUGGAAGAGUGGAUGAGGUUGUACCCUACAGGAAUGCUGACAGAUCAGUCGACACUCUGCGUUCCUCAGGGUUCUUGUAUCUGAAUUUCAAAUCCUACAAUGGGCUAGGCCACUAUACCAUCCCUGAAGAAAUGGACGAUGUCAGCAAAUGGAUCAGCUCGCGACUUGGCCUCGACAGAUCACGCUAAUGGAAAGGUGUAGCUUUGUGUGUCACCACACAGUUGCAAAAGUACAUGGAAAGAGUGUUUAACUAUGUAUAGGGGAAUGUUGGUUUGGUAGCUUGUAAUACUACAUGCUCACCUUAAUGGUGGCUUUUGUUGUCCUUGUUCUAUGUUACAUCUAGUAGUGUGCUCUGCUACUUGUAUGGAGUGGGCAUAUGUGACCUAGUGCUUGUUUGAUACUUUUCCUAACAAUAAUGCAGUUGAGGCCCCUUGUACUUGCAAUCAUAUUUAUACUUAAUGCUACUUGUCCUCUCAUCACUGAAGAAUCUAUAUAUUCAGGAUUCCCACAAACAUAAGAGAUUAAGAGGCAGAAAUAACUUUUGCAUGACCCAAAAAAAAAAAAACUAUUCCAUAUAGGUGGUGAAACGUGUAUAUACCUCUUUAGCAACAGUAUGGAUGAUAUUAACCAAAGGUGACAACAGA